AUGAAUGCGCACAGGAACCUUCGCCAAGAACAUGCCCAGGAUGCACGUGGAGAAGCAAUCACAGCUGGUUCGGAAUAUAUGAGAUCCUUUCCUAUGAACUCGAUCAACCUCUCCUUACCUCCUGAGAGUCACGUGACUUGGUUCAAUAUUGAUCAAGUGAGUAGUGGACAUUUCAAGUUUAAUCCUCAUGAAGAAGAUAGAGUCAUUCAGGUUUCCCAAGCAAAAGGUGCUUACUUUCAAGCUCACUAUUUGACGAAAGUAAACAACUCGGAGGGCAAUUUCAGGUUUCAUGGUCGAGCUACCUUUCAACCGUUCAUAAUGGAAUGGAAGAAACUAUCUUGCACAAUUUUGGAGACAUUUUGCACCAAGCUGGGGCCUCUAUCCAACACUUUCCAUCACGGAAAUGGCGAAAUGAGUAUUUCUUUGUACAACUUGAAAGUUAUUGGCGAGUUACCAAUUUUGGGCCUCCCAUAUGACGAGUUCAUUCCUCUAAACGAAGAAUUAUGUCGUGAAGACUUCUAUCAUUCGAGUGUUGGCGAACUUUUGAGAAUCCAUGCACAGUUACACAUUUUCCAUCAGAAAGGUCAAGUUUACCACAAUCACUGGGCUGAGCAUUUUUUCCGAAGAGAAGCUAUAUAUGGUGCUACUAGCAAUGGCAAGAACGUAAUUCCUAAACAAGUAGCUGAGGCUAGGAAACUUCCUUUGAACAUUUCUCACGAGGGUCAACUGGCUGCUUUCUUGGCUUUUUGGCUUAGCCAUUUUGUCAUGCCAACUAGCAAGGCCAUAAGGCCCAAGUGCUUCUAUAUGGCAAGUUUGAUGGCUCGUGGGCUCAAAGUUUGGCUUGCUCCAGCGGUAUUAGGUGUUAUUUACCAUGCUCUUGGUACAGUUGCUACUCAUCUUAGAGGCCCUGACCUAGCAAACACAUGUCUUCCCAUUCUCUAUGUGCUUGGAUGGUUAGGCGAGUAUUUUCCUGACCUGACUACACGUCGAUGUGAUAGCGACUUUCCAGAACAUUACCCUCUUCUUGCAAGGUAUAGCCAAAUCGAGGCCAAAUAUGUUGACCUCACUCGAGCUAGGAUAAUCUUCAUAAGGGAUUAUGUGGUUUGUCGCCCUAAUGUCUUCCUUGCACAUGAGGAUUAUAUCCUUUUAGACACAGAGACACUAGCAUAUGAUACCUUUGAGUACUUAAUUUGCAUGCGCUCUGCAUUGCUUCUUGUAAGGGUAGGUGGCGAUCUUUGGUUGGAGCCUUACUACCCAAACAGAUUUGCUCGCCAGUUUGGCUUUGAUCAAGGAUUUUCGGCGAACCAACUUCUAUUUAGUGUACGUGAGAGGUAG